CCCUUUCGAAGAAGUAGAGGGGGAUAGGGAGAAGCCAGGGAAACCAAGAUGCUGCUGCUGUCCACGAUGGCCGCCGGCGCCGCCAGGUCGGUAUCCGUCCGGCUCAACGCCGUCGCCGCUCUGUCGUCCUCCACAUCAUCAGGAGGAAGGAGUAGGAAGGGCCAGCGGCGAGGUGAUGCCAAGCCUCAGGCCCCGCCUCCGCCCCUGCCGCGGCACGGCGAGGCCCCGAGCAAGAAGAAGCCCAGCGCGAGGCCGGCCGUGGGCAAGGAGAACCGCGCGGUGGAAGAAGCGCGCGUGCCUCCGAGGCUGGAGGGCGAGGCGAGGAAGGGGGUGCAGCAGCAGAAUAAGGCGAAACGGGUGGUGCGGUGGAAGUGCGCGAGCGGGUGCGGCGCCUGCUGCAAGCUGGACAAGGGCCCCGACUUCCCCACCCCCAAGGAGGUCUUCGCCGACCAUCCGGACGACCUCCAGCUGUACAAGAGCAUGAUUGGCGCUGAUGGAUGGUGCAUCAACUACGACAAGUCCACCCGCACCUGCAACAUCUACCAAGAGCGGCCUAUGUUCUGCAGGGUGGAACCGAAGGUUUUCGAUGAGUUCUUUGGUGUGCCACGCAGCAGGUUCGACAGGGAAGCUUGCAGUGCUUGCGUGGAUAACAUCAAGAUGGUGUACGGUGAUGACUCUGCGGAGCUCAGUAACUUUAAGCGUGUGAUAAGGGAGGAAAGUAAUAAGGUGGAAGCAAGCAAGAACCAAGAUAAAUUGUUGGAUACGUAGCUCCUGGCAUUGAUCUGCAAUAAAAUCUCCCAAGUACGCCCCGUCGUAUCUGGGCCAGGGGCGUACAUUCUUGUUAACUUAGACAUGGCAGUGAAGGUAAAACUCUAUCAAUGUUCUUACGUUAAGAUUGAAAAGUGGAACAUAUUGAGUGAGAUACUCAGUGGAGGUAACCAAAACUGGUGUUAUGGCUAGUUGGCCACUGACAUGCAAAUGUACACUUCAGUUCAAAACCAAUCCACGAUGCUUCGGUCUAGAAACCUGGUGUGUUCAGAAUUGUGGUAUUCACAACAUUGUAGGUUGGAUUGGUGUGGGAUUGUUCGUCAUUAAAUUGUGACGAUCCCAUCCUAAUAUCGCUCAGUUUUGCUCUGCGUGACUAAGCUAUUACCCUGUUUCAUCUUGGACUCUAAGAAUUGUUGGUUCUUUAAAGA